CUAACUCGGGACUGAACUCUGCCACCGCUGCCGCGCGCGCUAUGCUCGAUGCUGGAACCCGGUGUCCGCUGGCACCUGACUGGAUGUGUUGUGUUGUGAUUCAUGUAGUUUUGUCUCAUCUAUCUACCUUCACCACCUACGGAUCGGAAAACGAAGCUCAAAACCUUCGAACACGAUCUCCACUUAACUGAACAUCUUUUCUCUCUCUCUCCCUCUCUCUCUCUCUCUUCUCUCGCGUACCGCACAUAACCCUGUACCAUCCUGUAUCGCUCUGUUUGUAUCAUCAUUAACUGCCCGAACUGCCCGUACUGCCCAUGUUCUGCCCACCCGAUGGUCGUAAAAUCUGCCAUCUUUCGUCCUAAUGUCUCUGCCCUUGCUCGUUGCGACACUGGCACAGAACAACGGUUUCAAUCAGCUCUGUAUCAAUUUCACCAACGAGCGGCUACAGCAAUUUUUCAAUCACUACAUGUUCAUCCUAGAGCAGGAAGAGUACGAACGCGAAGGCAUACAGUGGACGUUUAUAGAUUUCGGUCUCGAUCUGCAGCCUACGAUCGAUUUGAUCGAGAAGAAUUAGCCGCUAAUAACAUUAUGCUGCUUCGAUGCUAUUUGCUAAAUCUACCAACCUGGUAAGUUCUGCGUGCGAGUGUGUGACCUGAAAAUCACCCGUGAAAAACAAAAACCUGCCCACAGCUCUGACGAGCGACGUGUGGCAAGUUUCCACUAAUGUAGUCGUAAAGUUAGAACGUUUUGCUUUUGUUUUUAUUUUUGCUUCUUACGGAAACAGUGCUAAUUGCAACAAAUUGCUUUGCAUGUCGACGGCUACCCGACCGUCCGAAGCGUCCGCAGCUCACUAAUGGAAUUGUUUUCUCUCGCCCCUCCUGCUCACGCCGG